ACAAGUUGCAACAGCUGAUAUGUGAUUUAGAGUAAAAGUGUUUUGUGAAUACUACACAGGUUUAAUGUGGUUUUGGUCCAACGUUAACAAUUGUAGUUCUAGUUUGUACUUAUUCAAUUUGAUAUUCUUUGUUAUAUUAUUUAAAUAGGAUAAAUUAAAAUUAUUCUACUGUUUCGAUAGAAUGUCUGAAAAGAAUGAGAAGAUUAUACAAUAUGUACCAUUCCAUUCCUUUGUUAAUCCUUCAUUUUGGCAUGCUUUAACUGAAAUUAAGUUAAAUGUUGAUAAAUUAAAUGAGAAUACGAAGCAAAUCUUUGGGCGCUAUACUUAUCGUAAUGAUAUCGGACCUGUUUUUGAAAUUGAUGGUACAUCAUUUAACAAAACGCCAGAUUAUAAACACACAUACUUGAAUGUGACUGGAACAAUUAUGAAUAAGAAUACAGUAGAAGAUUUCAAAAGUUUAGAUAAGGCUGCAUUGCUUAACAGUGUUGGUGAAAUUAUCGCAACAGGUCUGAUAAAUAAGUCUUGGAUUGAGAGCCCUAUCAACCUUUUAAAUUUUUUCAUUCUUUCUUUUGCUGACCUGAAAAAAUUUCACUACUAUUACUGGUUUGCAUUUCCUACUCCAAAUGAACCAACUGUUUAUUUAAAACAAAGAAGCGAUCUUACUGCCUCCUUUACACAAAAUCAACUAGAAAUCAUUGCACACCAGCACAAAGAAUUACAUGAAACUCAAAAGUGCUUUUUUAUGAUAAAGAAACAAGAAGAGCAUGUUAAAGUGCUCAAGAUUGCUGAUAUUGAAUAUGUAUUAAAUGAUCUCGAUGAUGUUUAUUUUGCAUUUGCCGAUCCUAGUAAUACAGAGAAUCCUGGAUGGCCAUUGAGGAUAUUUAUUGCUGCUUUGUUGGAGAAUUACGAACAGUUAUGCCAGAGUGAUAUAAGAGUGGUUGGUGUUAGAUGUGAUAGAAAUGGAUCUAUUACCAACAGUAUACUUUAUGUAAUACAGACUACCCAGAAACCUCAAGCAGUUCGAAAAUCAGCAUGGGUUGGGUGGGAAAGAAACAGUAAAGGUAAUUUUGGACCGAAGCUUGCCAAUAUGUCAGCAUCAAUGGACCCAGUUCGGUUAGCUGAUGCAUCAUCAGAUCUAAACAUAAGACUAAUGAAGUGGAGAUUAGUGCCAGACUUGAAUGUGGAUGUAAUGAAAGACACUAAAUGCUUACUGAUGGGUGCCGGGACUCUCGGAUGUCAUGUGGCGAGAAAUUUACUUGCUUGGGGUUUCCGGCACCUCACUUUUAUUGAUAACGGAAAGGUUUCAUUUUCAAAUCCCACACGACAAGUUCUGUUCAACUAUGAGGACUGUCUUAAUGGUGGUCAAAUGAAAGCUAGCGCGGCAGCACAAAAUUUGAGGAAGAUAUUACCGACUGUUGAAGCAACAGGUUUGCCAAUGCACAUUCCAAUGCCAGGACAUCCUAUUGGCGAUUCGUUAAAAGAUGAAACAAUAAGGAAUAUAGAAUUGAUCGUAAAAUCGAUCGAAGAACACGAUGUGAUAUUUUUAUUACUAGAUACCAGAGAAGCAAGAUGGCUUCCUACUCUUUUGGCGGCACACUAUGGCAAGAUAGUUAUAAAUGCUGCUCUAGGGUUCGACAGCUACUUGGUGAUGCGGCACGGCGUGGGUCUGGCGAGUACCGCGGGGACACACAUCAACAGUACCCACGUACCCGGCAGUCAGCUGGGAUGCUACUUCUGUAAUGACGUCACUGUCCCGGGAAAUUCGCUGAGGGACCGUACGCUAGACCAACAGUGCACGGUGACGCGGCCGGGUGUGGCCGCCAUAGCGGGCGCGCUCGCCGUUGAGAUACUCGUCGGUCUUUUACAACACCCGCUCAGGAUUGAUGCGCCCGCUGCCUACAACCAAUCAGAUGACGACACACUAAAUGGAGUGCUGGGCAUUGUACCGCAUACAAUACGGGGUUUCCUUCAUUCUUACCAGAACGUGACCCCGACCUGCACCAAGUUCCAGCAAUGUAUCGCGUGCUCCGACAUUGUGAUACAGAAGUACAGAGAGGAGGGCAUUCAGUUCUUGUUCAAAGUGUUCAACAGUGGAACAUACUUGGAGGAGAUCACAGGAUUGUCUGAACUGCAGCUUUCUGCCGAAAUGAGUGAGAUACUGACAUUCUCUGAUGAAGACCAAGAAUAGUUUGCCACUUGAAAAUAAAUAAAUGUAAAUAUUACUCUACUUUAUACAGGCCGAGAAGUUGACGUCCCUAUCACCCCUAUUUAUGUUCUACGAUUUUGCGUAGUUUAGGAGAUAAUAAUUUUUUUGAAACACUUUUAGUUAAUUAUAUUGUUGAUAAUUAUUAACUACAGUUGCAAUAACCGCAUAGGAAACUGUGAAUAGUUUAGACAGUGCGGAACUAGUUUAGAAUUGAGUCGUAAGUUUAUAAUAACUGCUCCAGCUAAAUUCAUGAAAAUGUUCAAGGUAUCAAAAAUUGAAAUAAAAUGGGAAGCCUAUGGCUUCUAACUAUAUAUAAAAACUUCCCAGAACAUUGGCCAAUAAAAUGAGCCAAACUCAAAUUUUACCUUUGGACGUCAAAUUCUCGGCCACCAAGUAUAUACUAUCUAAUAUAAUCUAGAAUGACAGCUCCGUUUAACAUGAUAAUUGAGGUUAUUUCCUACGUUACAAAGACUUUAAAUAUAUUUCUUCAUUACUUCAUUAUAAUUAAGCACUUUACCAUUUAUGCCAAAUUUUUACUAGCUUUAUAUAAUUAUGAAUGAUAAUAGUCUUAUAUUACAAUGUAACGGAAACUCUUGAAUCACUCCAUUUAAAUUUUACCUUUAAGCAAUAAAUGAAUAAAUUGUUUUAUUCAAA